GAGCAAAACAAAGCGCAUACCACGCCAAGCGUGCCAAGUGAAAAAAUGAAAAGGAACAAUUGAACAAAUCGGAAAGUCUCAAACGUGAAGAUUUCGCGUGUCAAAUCAGCCAAAGGUAAAGAAGUUCCGCGAGACUUAAACGUAGCCCCCCGCACGCUGAACUAAUUUCACACAUGCGCUUUACACAGUUCACUUGUCGUGAAUUCUUCCCGCUAUAUGACGCAUAACUAAAUUUGAACGCAUUUAAGAAUUAUGAAAAAAAUCAUGGAAUUUUAUUUUGACUUCAGAUUUGCUGCGUUCCUACGUUAGUUCGUUGGCUAGGAAUCUGCACAGUUCAACCCCAACAUUUUAAUCACCCAUUUGUUAAACCGCCUCUCUUUGCUGCUCCUCCCUGGUGUAGCCAUUUGCGUAUUCGCCCCUUCCCCUCGUACUGCCCUCUUGACAGUCUUCACCCCCGCACGUAGCCUUGUCGUUUUGCAGUUAAAUUCGCCACACAAAUCAACAGCUGCUACCACCUCUACAGCUUAGGCGAAAUAAAUAAAAAAAUAUGGAAAACGAAAAGCACGAAAAUAUGCUGCUCGCCAUUGCGCGAGAUUUUCAAUCGAUAGACAAUUUAAUAGAAACCUUUUUUUCAUUCCUCGAACACAAAACUGACUACUUCCACGUAAUGCUUAAUGAAGAUGACAUAGGAACGUUGGCCAAAAAGUAUGAAGGCACUUUAGAGAAGGACAUUUUAAAUAACAACAAAUGUGGAUUCAAAGCGCAUAGCAGGGAACAGAACUUGAUGAAGUCCUUCAGAAAACACCAAUUAAAUUAUAUUAUAAAAAAGCAGCCCUAUUUAAUCGAAAAUGAAGACAUGAAGAACAAAUACUUACCUUCAUGUGAUGAGUUAAAAAAAUUGAAUACCUCAAAAUUCUGCGAAGUGAAAAAUAAGCAGAACGAUGUGCAGAAGAAGGUAGAACCUGGAGCGAUGCCGGUUACUGUCACUGCAAGUGAAACCCACAUCUCAACCUGGAAUGGCGGACAAACGGAGAAAUACCUCUGGAACCAGGCGCUAAACGAAAUUAACAUAGAAAUGCCGCUCCACACUGAAAUAAAAACCAGCGAAAUCAACGUCCAAAUUUCAAACAAAAGCAUUAAGGUGUAUCACAAACAUGAACUAAAACUGGAAGGCACCUUUUAUGAAGAAGUGAACAAGCAGGAAUGCAUGUGGAACAUAGAGGAUAAGAAAAAGCUAAUCAUUUUUUUGGAAAAAAAAAGAGAAAACUGGUGGCCGUGCGUAAUAAUCGGGGACCCAGAAAUAGACACUUCCAAAAUUGAGUCCAAAAAGAACUUAACCGAUUUUGAUGAAAAAACGCAGGGAGAAAUACGGAAAUUUUUGCACCAGCAGAAAAUGUAA